UAUUUUCGGCUAGCCAGUCUUCGUCAGUUCCUCCCGAGCAAUGUCCGCAAACGGUAAGUUGCGACAAUUGCUCCCUGGCAGCGGUAUUCCCAUACAAGACCAUGGAUCUAACGAUCGGAAUUUGGCUGAUUUGCGUAGCGUCUGGAGUGCAAUUGGUAUCGGCUCAAAACCUACUCACGAACUACCACAUCACGAAUGGGUUCAUUUUUCCGGACAACGUGACGGUGGUCGUCGGCGAAAGUGUCCACCUGAAGAUUCUCGUAGCUAUGACGGGUGAUGAUCGUUGUUUAUAUCGGGAGCCGGGAUCGAAUCAGGACGUGGACAUCCAUGCACCGUCUCGUUUCCGAGACCAAGGGUCUCGUAAUGUAAACGUGGACGCCAAUGAGUGUGGGAUCAAGAUUUUGAACGUUAACCACGAGGACGCUGGCUUUUGGCGCCUUACUCUGGUCCGUGGCACCAACUUGAUCCGGGGCAUUUCGAUGGUUAAAGUGAUUGGUGUUCCAACGGUUCCGGACACCAGCGACAGGGAUUCGAUUACCGGGUUGGAGGAGAUUACUCCGAUGGGUACGGACUAUUGCUACGUUCUGAGGGAUGCCGACACGCAAACAAGGGACACUCCGAUGUACGAGCAAUGUUCACUGGAGGUGGACGAAAUGGAUCCCACCGGAACUGGCCACUGGAACGUGAUUGCCGGGGUGCAGGGAUACAUGCGGGAAAUGCACUUCGCCAUCAAUAUCGAACACAGAGACGAACAAAUCUCGGCCUCGGUCCAUCGCGGACCGGACUUCCACGUGCUGAUGUGCAAACUGCAGUACAGCCCUAGUAGCACCAUCCGGUUCUGUCGGUUCGUCCGGGUGGCGGACAAUCUGGGUCUCAACAUGCUGCCGGGAAUCGGUUGGGACCGCUACCGCUACUACGGCAACGGGUUCGAAGUUUGGGAUUGUGGACUGGAGAUUGAGGAACCGGACAACAUCGACAAAGGACUGUGGAAGUGCUUGGUGGGAUAUGAGACCGAUAAAAUGGUGAAGGUCUCCGGGGCCAUUAUGGACAAUAGUGAUGAGGAAUUGGCGCUGGCGAUAAUAUCCGUAGAGGACGUCAACGCAUUGAAUGGGUCGGAAAUGACUCUUCAGUGCAACGCCAAUAAGCCACUGGAUUACUGCUGGUUCAGGGAUCACGAUGGGGAGAUCUAUUCGGUUUCGGAAAAUCUAGUGCAUGGCGAGGGGACGGAUUAUUGGUACAGUGGAAUAUCGUUGGCUUUGGGUGACUGUGGGAUUAGGUUCAAACCGGUGUCGGAGAAUAUGACAGGGCAGUGGAGCUGUCACGUGGGUAGCAGUAAGUAUUCUGCUUUGGAGGUUUCAGCAGGUAUCAACGUGAAGAUUGGAAAUUCGCAAAUCAUUGCAAAAUCCGACACGGUAGUUGCUACUCUGGGUACUGCUCUUGUGGUGGAAUGUUCGUCAAUACCCAAGAACACGCCCUUCCAAUACUGCCGAUUUGUCACGCCAAGCGGUCUCGCAUUCAACUUAGACGAAGGUGUGACUUCGGAUCAAGCAAUACUGAACAAUUACUACUCGAAUCCCACCCAUGAACCGAAGAAAGGUUACUGUUCAUUGGUCAUACGAAGUGUGGCCGCAUCUGAUCUAGGGCCAUGGAUCUGUGCCGGAAAGAUUGCAGGCCAUGCGAUGGAACAAUAUACGAUGUUCGAGGUCGCUACUAUUCAGACUCAGGCAGCGCAAACAGAAUUGAGUACGGCUUCCAUUGUGGGUAUGGCCAUUGGUGCAGCCGUUAUCCUCCUUGCAGCCGUCGCGCUAGGGUACUACAGCUUCAGACGUCGACUGCGAAAACUUACAACAGCAGUAAACCUAGAACAUGAAAUGGAAACGCGAACCACGCAAAGGGGAGCUCCUGUACAACAACGCUUCAGUGUCGUCAGCUUGGAUAGAUCAAGCAAUGGUAGCCGAGAAAGCCAAGGCAGUGAUAAUCAACAACGGAACGAACAAAGUACUUAAACAUUCAAUAACCAAACUGUAAAUUAAUCGAUCGAAUAAAAAUAACUUAGGAAUUAUUAA